AUGCUGAAAUAUAUGAGCAUCCGGAAAAAUGGGAAUGGGUCAGAAGAUAAUAUGCCAAAUAGAAUGGCAACAGUAAAUUAUUCAAUUGAAGAAAUGCGAAUAAAAAUGGAAGAAGCUCAAAAAAAAUAUUUUGGAUAUAAGAAUUUAAAACAUUUUCAAAUUGAAGCAGUACAUGCUGUAUUUCAUAAAAAAGAUAGUUUUCUAGUUAUGGCAACCGGAAUGGGAAAAUCAUUAUGUUAUCAAAUUCCAUCUAUAAUGGAUGAAUAUAAAAAUAAACUAACGAUAGUUAUAUCUCCAUUAAUAUCAUUAAUGAAAGAUCAGGUAGACAAUUUAAAUAGAAAAAAAAUAUCAGCUGUAUUUUUAGGAAGCGGUCAAAAAAAAAAUAAUCAAAAAAUAGUAGAUGAAAUAAAACAAGGAUUAUAUAGAAUAGUUUAUUGUAGUCCUGAAUAUGCAUUAAAUAAUAAAAGUUUAUUUUUGGUAUUAAAAAGUAAAAUAUUAUUAAUAGCAAUUGAUGAAGUACAUUGUAUGUCUGAAUGGGGUCAUGAUUUUAGACCAUCUUAUAGAAAAUUAAAUGAACUAAGACCAAUUUUAAGUGAAAUUCCAUUUAUGUGUUUAACAGCUACAUGUACUAAAGCUGUACAAAGUGAUAUUUUGAAAAAUUUAAAUUUUAAUUUAAAUAAAUGCUUAAUAAAAAGAAGUAGUGUAAAUAAAAAAAAUAUAUUUUAUAAAGUUCUUGAAAAAACAGAUAUAUAUGAUGACUUAAAAAAUAUUUUAGAUAUACCUCCAUAUAAAUCUAAUGAACGUACUAGAAAAUUUAUAGACAAUUCAAAAAUAUGUCCAUAUAAUUCAACAUUAAUAUAUGUUAAUACAAAAAAAGAUUGUGAAAAUAUUUAUAAUUUUUUAAAUGAACGUGGAUUAUUAGUAAAAAUGUAUCAUGCAGAUUUAUCCAAUGAAGAAAAAAGAGAAGCUCAUGAAAUGUUUUUAAAAGAUGAAAUACAAAUAGUUAUUGCUACUGUAGCUUUUGGGAUGGGUAUUGAUAAACCAGAUAUACGAAGGAUUAUACAUUAUGGUUUUUCACGAUCUUUAGAAGCUUAUGUACAACAAGUUGGAAGAGCAGGUAGAGAUGGAGGAGAUGCUGAAGCCAUAUUAUUUUUUCAUAUAAAUGAAGAAUCAAAAUCUAAAAAUGUAAUUUUAAGAGAAAAUGUAGCAAAUCAUAUGAUGGAAAAGAAUUUUAAAAGAGUUCAACAUAUUAUUACUAUGUUUACACAAUCAUCAGAUUAUGCCUACUCAAUAAUAUGUAGAAGAAAAAAAAUUUAUGAUUAUUUUGAUGAACAACCAAUUAAAUCUUUAGACAUAGAUAUAUUUAAUAAUACAAAUAAUGAAGGUGUUUGUUUUUAUAUUCAAAAAUAUGAUAUCUUUUUAUGUUCUAAAUGUGAUAAUUGUGUUCACUAUAUGAAUAUUAUAAAAAAAAAUAAAAAUAAAAUUUUAGGGAAAAAAAACGAAAACAAUUUAGUGACAAUUACAGACAAAACAGAAAAUUCAUUUUUUAGUCUGACAAACGAAAUAUAUGAAACAAACAGAAUGUUUACAUCUGACAAUGUUAUAUGUAUAAAUGAUGAUAAUCAUGAAGAGGAAGGUAGAAUGAGUCCAUUAUUGUCAUUACCAAACAUUUUAGACAACACUUGUGAUUUAACAAAGGAAUUAAAAAUAUUAUUAAAUUGUGUAAAAUCUUUAAAAGGUAAAACAGGAAUAUCAACAAUAUGUAAAAUAUUAAUUAAAAGUGCUGAAUCAAAUAUUAUUAAAAAAGGAUAUCAUACUAUAAAAGAAUAUGGUGAAGGAAAACAUAAAUCAGCUGCUUGGUGGUCUGCCUUUAUGAAAGUUUGUAGGAAUGAUAAAUAUGUAGAGGAACUACUAAAUUAUUCUAAUGAUAUGGGUUAUAUAAGUAUUGGGAUUACAAAAAAAGGAGAAGAUUUUAUAAAUAGUGAUCGUAAAUAUAUAAUCCCAUUACCUUUCUUUUUGUCAGAUAAUGCAAUAAAUGACAAAAAAAAAAAAAAAAGUACAAAAAAAGGAGGGAAAAAUGGUAGUAAAAAAGAGGAAUAUAAUUAUUCAAACUAUGAACCAGAAAAUGAUAAGAAUGAUCAUACAACAUUUAAUGUUGGUACAUAUUCUGUUAAAAAUAAAGUGAAAAAUAUUAGAGAAUUUUUAAAUAGUGAACUAUCCAAUAAUGAAAGAAAUAUUUCUAAGGUUAUAGAUUUAGAUGCAUUUAAAUAUAAAGAGGACGAAACAAAUCCAGUUGUUUUAAAAAAUGUAAAGGAUGUAAAAAGUUCAAAAAAUAAAAAUGGAACAAUAAAUAAGUACGAAUAUUUUAAUAUUAAUAAACAUGAUUUUGUUAGAGAAAGUGAAUAUAAAGAAAUAAAAUUAACAGAUGAACAAAUUAAAGAAUCAUUGAUGAAUAUCUUAUUAAGAACCCGUAUGUUAGAAGCAAGGAAUCAAAAUAUUCCACCUUUUCAAUUAAUUUCUGAUCAACCAUUAAAAGAUAUAUGUAACAAAAGAAUAACACAAGUACAUCUAAUUCGAAAACAUGUUUAUAAUAUUUCACCUUUAUGUUCAAAUAUCUUUUUAGAAAAAUUGGCAUCUGGAAUUAGAGGAUUUUGUUUAUUACAUGAUUUAGAAACAAACAUAAAUCUGAUAAAUGAUCAUGGUAAUGCAUCUGAAUUCGGAUCAACAAGGAGGCCUAACUUGACAUCUGUUGCUAAUUUUAUAGAAUCAUUUACUUAUGAUAAUAUUAAAAAAAAUGAGACAUACGAUCAUAGAAGUUCCGAAUUUAACAAGUUUACCACUUCUACCAUUCGAACAACUGCAUCUAUAAAUGAACCUACAAAUAGUCGAACCCGUAUGAAUACCCUCAAUUAUAAUGCUUUAGACCAAUUCAAGUAUCGAGAAGAAGAGCCAAAACCGGUAUCCAUGUAUAGAGCUAAUGAUACGGAUUGUGAUAAAACGUUAGAAAAAAAUGGAAAAUCCGAUAUGUACACUCAUGUUUCUAACAAUAAGUUUGAAGGAAAUAAACAAACAUACCAUAGGGACAUAAAUAAAUUGACUAAUACUGAUAGAGGAUAUGAUGAAUUUAAUUUUGAUAAAAAUAUGAUAACAAACAAUGGAACAAAUAAUUUACAACAUAAACACGAUGACGCAUUUAAACAAAAGUUAAACGAAUUUGUAUCUGAUGAUUUUACAUUUAUAAAUCAGGUUCAUCAAUUUGAUAAUAAUGAUAAGCAUACAAAAAUAAACAACAUAAAUAAAGAUAAAUUUAAUUUUUCCAAUUUUACAUAUAAUGAAAGCCCACCCAAUAAUAACCAAAUUCGUUUCGAUUCCGGAAAUAAAAAUAUAUAUUGUGAAAAUAGCACCGAUAAUAGAAAAAAUACUAAUUUUAAUAAUCUCGACCCAAAAAAACAGAAUAAUAUAUCUUUUAUAAAGAAUACAGAAAUCAAUAAAUUUGAUGAUAAGUUAGUUGAAGUUGGAUACGAAAAAAAAAAAAAAUUUAAUUUAAUAGAAUCAUUUGCAUAUGAUGAUAAACAAAAUUUUGAACAAGAUGCAUUUUUGCAUUCAACAAAUAUGAACGAUGUGUUAUCGUUUAGGGAAUUAAAAAAAAGGAAGCUUUAA